GUUCGUGCGAGGUCUAUUAUCUGUCAUUUUCUUACUUUUGACGCAUGACAAUGCGUGGCAAACGAGGCAGCGGUGAGCCUUAUCGAGGAUGGUCACGACAAUCUCGCGAUCCUGCUUUCUUCGGUAGCAGCACCACGGCAAGCCGUCGCGCUGAUCGCACCGAUGAUAGUGAUGAUGUCGAUCACCUAUCUAACCGUGUUGGCGGCGUACAGCUAUUGUUACCACGGCGAGAAGACGAUGAUGCGACGUCCAAUCGUGAGCAACGCUCUACAUUCUCGGCGCCGAGAGAGCGACGUGGAGGAGGCGUUGUGUUGGCUGCCAGAAAUGUGUCCUCAACGGAAAAGCCGAGAAAAGAGCAUGCACCGACACUGCUUGCCAAAGACGCCACCAUGGUUGAUGGAGUAAAAUUUGUCAAUGACAAUAUGGAUAUAUGCGAUCAGCUGAUGGACUUUUUGAGUAGUGAGAACAGCAAUUACAAUGUCAUCUGUGCGAUCGGUCCUCAGGGUGCAGGAAAAUCAACUGUUUUGAGUAUGAUAGGGGGAAAUAAUUCACAGGACAUGUACAGACAGUACAUAUUCCGUCCUGCAUCCCGUGAAGCUUUAGAGAGCUCUCGACACCAAACCACGAAAAUACAUGUCUAUAUUACCAAGACAAAGCAGAUCUUCUUGGAUUGUCAGGCUGCGAACUGUGCCUCAGUUUUAGAUGAGGCUUUGAGGUACAGUAGGUCUUCUUUGACUGAUGGGAGAUACGCUAUAAACAACUAUAUUGAGAUAAUAAAACUUAUUGCCUUCCUCAUCCAAGUUUCCCAUACUAUUCUUGUAUGCUCGGACUGGAUCAUGGAUAUCGAGACCAUAAAGCUGAUUCGAACGGCUGAAAUGUUUCGGGCAAAUUUCGAGCACAUACGUGAAAUUAUUCCUCAGUACAACGCCACGCGUAAGGUAAAUCUAGUGAUGCUGCAUACUCGCGCGAAGUCUUCGGAUUUUUCGGAAACAAUCAUAAAACAGCGAGCUGAAUUGCUGAGGUCAAUGUUCAGUGAUUCAAGGAGGAUUCGUGUCAACGAUGACAAUGAGUGGGCUGUCCUUCCACUUGCGGACAUCAAACCUAGGAAGGAUGGCCUGUCCGGGUCAUACCCACCAGCGACUCCUGUAAUCGAAAAAAUAUUAGACGCUCAGGAAGUUGUGGAUUUCGAUAAAAGUAUGCGUCGGUUACGGCUCAUUAUUGCACAGCUUCCCAAAGACAGAUUCGCAACUGGAGAACAGGAAAUCACGGAGAAGCAAUGGUAUUUACUCGCGAAAAGUAUAUGGAAUGAUCCGCUAUUCGAUGCUCUACUUGACCAAAACCAGCAGCUAAUUUGUGAAACUUUUUUUGUUGUAAUGAGAUUUCGUUUUACGCUGGCACCAGGAUGUCGAUUCAAAGUCCGUGUGAUUGCCAUUUGUAUCUGCUGGUAUGUGAUCAGCUCAGCUAGCAGUAUCACCAACAAAGUGCUGCUCCAGGGUUAUCCAUAUCCAAUGACGUUGUCAUUAUCAAACCUCAUGUGGGUGCCCGUAUAUUCAGUGCCGCUUUUGCGGAUGUGGGAGACCAAAGCAGUGAAGUUAACGUCGUCACAGUACAACAAGUACCUCACUCCUAUAUCCAUUGGGAAGGCACUAGCGGUCGUCAGUGCGUACUUCAGUCUCUGGAAAGUACCGGUGUCAUACGCUCAAACUGUUAAAGCGUCCAUGCCGCUGUUUGCUGUUUUUCUCAGCAAAGUUGUCCUGAAGGAAACACACAGUUACAAAGUCUACGCAUCUCUGCUACCAAUCGUUGCUGGUGUGGUUAUAGCUUCAGCAACGGAACUUUCAUUUUCCAUGAUCGGCAUGUUAUCAGCGCUUUUCUCUACUUGUACUUAUUCAUUCCUUAAUAUUCUAGUCAAAAAGCUACUAAAAGAAUCUGAAAUACAUCCGAUUCGGCUAUUGGCACUGAACAGUCAGCUGGCAGCGCUAAUGGUCUUUCCAUUUUGGUUAUUCAAAGAUGCCUUCCUCAUGGUCAGCAACCUUGGAUCCAAAGACCCGGCAGCGCCUUCGCCUGAUCUUUGGAUGCUGUGUCUUCUCGCUAUGACGGGCUUAUUAUCUUUUCUGCAAAGUGUUUGUGCGUUUUUACUGAUUCACGAAUUGACAGCGCUCUCUUAUGCCGUGUGCAAUGCCACAAAACGAAUUAUCGUCAUAGGCUCAUCACUAAUUACUCUGCACAAUCCAGUAACAGGGGCCAAUGUCUUCGGCAUGAUGCUGUCCAUAUUUGGAGUAUUCUUCUACAACAGAGCUAAACAAGAGGAAAAAAUGUCUUCGCACUCGCUGCCGUUUACGCGAUCUCAUACUGUACUGUCAGAUGCAACUCUUGUUGAGAUGGAUAAAGAGGACAGUGAUUUGAUGUACUGGUUUCUGUUGAAGGGCGUCCUCAAAUCGUCCAUCGUUAAAUGGAAGUCGCCUGGGCGACUUCGAAUACUCUAAUCACGUUGAUCAGGAUUAUGACAAACUGGACGAUAUCAGCAAAGAGCAGCAUAAUCGGCGGCACGUUCGAUUUGCUUGAUAAUCGACUGUUAACACUGAAGUGCCUGACAGAUUAGCUCAGUCUCUCUUUAGCUAGUACCUGUUGUUAUCUCGUAUGCGGCAUAUCCGAAUGGGGCUAGAUAAUAUGUAGAGCAAAUUUUUUGAGUUGCAAGAUUGUUUUUGGAAGACGUGGGCCAACUUGU